GUGUGUAUAAAAGCCGCAUUCAUAUUUAAUAAUGUAGUCCAGUGGAAAUAAAAUGCGUGACACAGAGUGUAACGUUCUAAAACUUAUCAGCUAAAUUCCCGACGCACAAAUGCUGGUUAGAGCGACAACGUUGUCCGUAGAACUUAAAGGUGUACUUAGGUAUACUGUACCUGCAAGGGGACGGGUGAUGCUAGAUCAAUAUUGGAAGUCCAGGCUUCAAUAGGGUGCUACGGUAAAAUUGUACAAAGAUCUGAGUUAGCUUAUGUUAAUUAAGGCAUAGAUGUGGGAGCAGUAGUCGUAUACCUUUCCAAUGUGAAACAUGCUACGUAACGACGUGCACUGUUAAACAUGGGCAAACGAUAGAUUGAGGCACCGAUCAUCUAAUGCCGAAGUAAAAGUUGAGAAAGACAUGUUAGUUAGUGGCUUAUCUAGGCCCGAAUCACAAGCCUGCAACACGACCUACUACGGCGCCGUGGGGGUCACGUACGAAAUGGAAGUGAAGCGCCCUACGGAAAGUCAAAUGCCGUUCUUGUGCUACCUCAACUUUACCACGGGCGGAGGAGCACUUGGAGAACUUGUACAGCUAUCAUUUGAGUCGUUCGCCGUGGGCUCGUUUGAGUCUUUCACUUCGGGCGGGUGUCCCGAGGGGCACAUUUCGAUCCGAGAAUCGAACCGUCCGGCAACCGGAGGCAAGUGGUGCGGCAGUGCCUGGGGUUACACUGUUUACUACAGCGAGACGUCAAAUGUCAAUUUGACACUGUUCUUGGACAAAUUGCCGCAACAGGGAUCGGAGAACAAGUUCGAAUUCAAGCUAUCGUACAAAUUCCUGAAAUUAAGUGAUGCUCGCAUACGAUACGGGAAUGCGACUCAACGUUCCUACAGGGGCAAACUGAGCACCGGCACAUACUGCGACCGCCUUCUAGAAGGUUGCAGCAGGCGGACAUGCCGGAUUCAAUCCCCAAACUAUCCUGGUGUCUACCCCCGAAAUGUCACGUGCACUUAUAGAGUGAGAGAACGCAACGUGCCACCUGGCAAACACGCUCUCAUAGCUGUCAGACAGGCUAACUACAGGUACAAGGAGCGGGGCCAGGCAAGGUUCGAUAACAGCGAUAGAGUGCUUAGAGUAUGGGACCAGUGCAACAUGAUGCAAGACUUCAUCGAGAUCCUAGAUGGUUGGGGGUCAACAGCAACAACUCUAGCUCAUCUUUGCAGCGGGGAAACUAUACCAGAAAUCAUAAGCAGUGGUCCGGAAUUGCUAGUUAAGUUCCAAACUUCACCGUUUGGAAAUCCGUUUCAUCCUUUACCGAUAUCUUACAUACCAGGAUUCGAACUGGAGAUUGAGGUAAUUUACGUCAACAAAGAAUCCCCGACGUACAUAGAACACGGCAAAAAAUGCGAAUUCAUAGUCUCAACCUUCGAUAGCUCCUCCGGCUACCUCAAGAGCCCCCUGCAUUCACUUCCGCCAAAUACGACCUGUCAAUACCAUUUCCGGGGCCAAUCGAAAAACAUCAUCUGGAUAUCGUUCAUCAAAUAUCACGUAACGAACGAGAGACAGACGGACUUCAACAGUGGCGAGUGCGACGUGCAGCUUCAAAUUUGGGACGGUGACGUCAAAAGCGAGAAAACCGUACCUCUGAUUGGUCAGUUUUGCAAGGAUGACAAGCCGAAGCUGUGCGAUCAUUCGUUGCUUAAGAAUUCCUCGAGGCUUACGAGGCCUUGCGGAUUGGCGGAGAGUUAUGUCAGCACGCAUUCUGAUUUGACCAUAUCGCAUUCUAUCAAGUAUGGCAGUGUUUUGUAUCCUGUCAACUUUAUUCUAAGGUAUGAAUUCGUGGACUUAUCCCAAGAAGGAGUCCAAAUGACCAGAAAUCCUUGCGAUAGACUUUUCAAAACCUCAAACGGCAGAUUUUACUCGCCGAGAAUCACAUUUUUAUUUGGACGAGGCGGUCAAAAAGACUUGAGUUGCACAUAUCAGUUUGAAUCUUCGGACCAACAGAGACUGAAAAUCACCUUCAAUAAGGCUCAGUUCGGGUCAAAAGACUGCUAUUCCACUUACGAUCAAGAAGCCAAUAGAUGGGAAUGCAAUAAUAGAGAAGAACGCGGUGUUGCGAAUAUAAAAAUUUCUGAAUAUCCUUGGAAGGAUGUUGAAAUUAAGAGGCAUUGUUUUUGUCAUAAUAUCACGGAGUCUUUCACUGUGAUCACGAAGACAUCAAAUAAGGUGAUUGUGCAGUUCACAGUGACUGAAAUGCGUAUAACGGAGGAUCACAAUACGUAUUUCUUCGACGCAAAUUUUGAGUUUAUACCAAAUGAAAAUAAUUGUUUAAAUCCUUGGAAGAAUAGGAGACUGAGAGGGUCUAGCGGAGAGAUUACGAUAAGGAACAACGAGCAUACUUUGAAGCAGAAUGAAGAGAGGCACUACCAUAACCAAAGUUCUAGGUAUUGCCUGCAACAACCUUGGCUCAUCGAGCCUGAAGAAGACAGCAACUUCAUCUACCUGAAGAUCAAAGGCACCAAAAAGGAUUCCCGACUGUGCGCGAGCAAGAAUCGCAUCCUUGUUUACCCAGCAGGUCGUACCGAAGACGCUUACGUCAUUUGUCCACAUUACGAAAACGUCGACGAUGUGGUGGAGAUGUUUUCGGAUGGAUGGAGUUUGUACAGCUACAGGAAGUUGCAGAGCAAGAACUCCAGGAGUUUCAUCAUCGAGUUCUCGAGGAGGGAGAUGGGGAAUUUCGUGGUAACGUGGAUGGAGGUGUCCAAGAAUCCCGCUUUGGCGUUGCCUACGUCGUUGUUGAUGAUUGCGCCGCCCGAUUGUCCACAUAGCUGUCCCGAACUAGGCGCCUGCAUCAGUUCCGAACUGUGGUGCGACGGUCUACGCCACUGUCCUUCAGGCAACGACGAGCAAGAAUCUAACUGUUCCAUCCACGGCCUUGGAAUAUCAGCGGCCUACUUGAAUCAAGCCGCGCUGUCAGCUGUCGGUUUGACAGCUGUUGUUGUGAUCGCGAUCGCCUCCUUCUACGUCAUCAAACACUGGAGGCACGAACAAAAGAACGUCAUCGUUUCAGUCACGGAACACACGUUUUUGGAGUUUAAGAGCGGUUUGUGUUGAAGAAGGCUAAUCCGUGAAUAAGUAUACGGUGUGACAUAGGUGGAGUUUGAUUUUGAAAUGUAAGAAUAUGAGGCAGGAUUCAUCAAAAAGUUCAGACAUUGGUCGCUCUUAGGACAUCAAUUUUCUGAUUAUAAAAGUUUAGAAACACUAAUUCUAUCCCACUUCUGAUGUAUAGUGUUAUAUACAGAUGAAUCGAUUUUCACCAAAGAUAGGUAGAAACCAUCAGCACAGGCAAGACUUUCGAUAAAAGAAACUACAAUUGGUUCAUCUGCAGAUAGCACACAGACAAAAAUAGUAAUCAAGCUGGUACUUUUCCAGAUCUAAAAGCGAUCAACUUCAAAGAAAAGUUCAUAGGAGCAUUUUUUUAAAUGAACCAAAAGCUCUAAGGAAUGUUGCCCGGAGACAAAAAAUCAUUUUUGGGUAUUUGUUUUUAAAAAUUGUAUAAACAAUUUUGACGCAGUUUUGAGCCUAGCAACAUGCAAAUUGAACAAAACCAUUACAGAAAACUGAAUUAGAAUAUUUUUCCGAGUAUGUGUGUAUAUGUACAUAACUUUUUCCGAUGUUUAUGUACUGAAUCUGCCUUUAAAAACUUCCUAAAAACAUUCUACACGCGCAUAUUGGCAAAAAAACUACCGAGGAUUUGUUGUUUGAAACACAUUCUCAAACUCUACCUAUUUUCAAAGAUAUCGGGAUAGUGAUAAUCCCCAAACCUAAAUUUAUGUUGACCUAGGAAAUUUGUGACAUUUGCAUUAGAUUCAGUGAGUAAUAAGGUGUGAAAUGGGAUUUGACAAGAGAAUGUAAUUAUAACAAUGUAUCAUGUGUCGUACUACCAAGGUCCCACACUACUUACUACUCAAAUAAUGCAAGGUAAGGUUGUAAUAAAUGCAAUAAGGAUAUACGUAAUCCCCCAUAUUUGUCUGGUCGAAUCAAACCAUAUAUGUUUAAAAUUCCUCUUUAUUAUACGACAUUUAGAUCCCAAUGAUGGCCCUUAGGUGUGAUGGCGGUCUUUAGAUGUCAAAGUACUAUUUCUCGCAUUUGAGAUCCAUAAACAAUGCCCAUGCAGCAUUUUAGUCGAAGAUUGCACGGUGGUACCGCCCAUGAGACGGUGUGAUGCAACUUGAAAGCUACUGAAGAUACCUUUCCAAUCCAGUUUGAGAGAAUAAUGGAACAGUAACGUGGGUCGAAUUGAAUUUGCCUCUAACAGCCGAUCCUGAAAGUUGGAUGGCACCUGAUGCUGUAGACUCAUUUGUUCAGUCGGCUCCACGGAAUGGGGGAGAUGCGGGUUCGAAUCUUGUCGGCGCCCAUUUUUCCUUCCUCUCAAGUUUUUACUAACUAAAAAUACUCGCUGUUGCCUGUGCUCUCAUCCGAAACAUCGUGUACAGGUUAGUGUCCUCGCACUGUGGCACCGUGGUGUGUAAGCACAAGACGGCGUGGUGCAACUAGAAACCGAUUGUAGAUACCCAAACGUCGUAUAAUAAAGAGGAGUCUUUAACGUACGCUGCUAGAUUCAUCCGGCAAAAUAUUGGGGAUUAUCACAUCAAAAUCACAGGAUACGUUUCAGAUGUGACAUUGAGGAUAUACGUAAUAUCAUUUCAUUUUCGUCUUUCAGUCUAAAAGACUGAUCUAUCCGCUGUUCCUUUUUUGUUGCUCAAGCUGAACUUUGUAGAGCUGUGUCUGUAGCUAUCGAAAACUUUGUGAAAUUAAGAUUUUCGUUGUCUAUAUUUUUUGUAUAAACAAAUUAAGCAUUUAAUGUACAUAUAAAAAAUUCGAUCUUCUAUAUACAUAGUCGUUAAAUGUGCAAAAUAGAUGUAGAAUAACUAUUAAUGGAAUGGUCUGGAAUUUGCUAAGAUAUUUUAAAUUUCCUCUUAGACGAUCUUAUAUGACUUUGUUUCGAAAAAUACACUAAGUGACAUAGAAAAAAGUACACCUAGAAUUACUACGAAUUUAUUACAAAGACUAGGUCUAUGUCCCUAAAUCUUGAUCUAAUAUGAGAAUUAAGAACCCAUCUUAAAACAAAUCGUAUAAUUUUUCUCUAGCUAGAGAGACGUGUUACAACAAAUCGAUAAAAUUCAAUAAACCCACUAUUUUAAAAAGGCGCAAAUUUUGAUUUACGCGGGUCAAUAGUAACAUCUGGCCUUCGAGAUAUUCAUAUCGAGGAUUUGUACAGGAUCAUCUAGGAUUAUGUUUGAAAAUUCCCGAUAUAAACACAGGAUCAUCCCAACAGUACGAGCCAAUCCUCCAAAUAAAUGGGAUUGGAUUAGGAUUUGGAUUUAGCUUCAUGGAUAUAAACAAUAAAGUGUUUCAGAUUAAAAUCUGAAUUCAGAAAUGUUCUGGGCCACUGCUCAGCAAAGCAAAUGUCACUUGUCAUCUUAUUUUUUUCACACCGAAACAACCGUCAAGGCAGAAGCUUAAGUGCCAGGACACCGCGGCUGCUAUGAAGAGCUUAAAGAAACUUUGGUAAUCCGAUUUUUGAACUGCCUAAGGUUAGUAGAACUGAGAAAAGCCUCAUGUAGAUUGCUUCACAAUCUCAAUACCCUAGGAACAAAGAAGUGGUCGUAUCGGUCAGUUCUAGAUGUACGAAGUGCGACACGGUAAGGAAGUUAGGCGGGUCUGUCUGGGAGGCACCUCACGCGGCGGCAGCAUGGACGAGAGCUGUGAGGAGCAAAUCCCGUUGGCGGUGCGGUAGAAGAGAUCUAGAUCGCCGACGGCACACCGGUGCGAAA